AUAAUUGACGGAUCUGAUCCAUCCGCCCGAAGCUUGGGCAGCCAUCUCAGUUAAAUUGGAGGAAAAAGAGAACCAGGUGGAGAAGAAAAGGAUAAUUUCAAUUAAAAGGUUUCGUCCAAUCAAGAUUAAGGGUUUCUUGGGAUCCGAUCUUCGCAAGCCAUGAGCGCGCAGAAGAAGAGGAAUUUCCAGAUAGAGGCCUUUAAACACCGGGUCGUGGUGGAUCCGAAAUAUGCCGAGAAGACGUGGAAGAUUUUGGAACAUGCAAUUCAUGAGAUAUACAAUCAUAACGCCAGCGGGCUCAGCUUCGAAGAGCUUUACAGGAACGCGUACAAUAUGGUGCUGCACAAAUUUGGUGAAAAACUUUACUCUGGACUUGUGACCACAAUGACAUUUCAUCUGAAAGAAAUAUCCAAAGCAAUUGAAGCAGCUCAAGGAGAACUUUUUUUAGUAGAAUUGAACAGGAAAUGGGCAGACCACAACAAGGCUUUGCAAAUGAUCCGAGACAUAUUGAUGUACAUGGAUAGAACUUUCAUCCCAAGCACUCGUAAAACUCCAGUUCAUGAGCUUGGUUUGAAUCUAUGGAGGGAUGUUGUCAUCCACUCGAGCAAAACCCAGACCAGGCUUCGAGAUACUCUUCUUGAACUUGUGCAUAUGGAAAGGAGUGGUGAAGUAAUAAACAGGGGUUUAAUGAGGAACAUUAUAAAGAUGCUUAUGGAUUUAGGUUCCUCUGUUUACCAAGAAGACUUUGAAAAGCAUUUUCUUGAUGUCUCUGCAGACUUUUACCGUCUCGAGUCUCAGCAAUUUAUUGAGUCUUGUGACUGUGGUGAUUACCUGAAGAAGGCAGAGAGACGUUUGAAUGAAGAAAUAGAAAGAGUGUCCCACUACUUAGAUGCUAGAAGUGAACCCAAGAUAACCAGUGUGGUGGAAAAAGAGAUGAUAGAAAGUCACAUGCAAAGAUUAGUCCAUAUGGAAAACUCAGGCUUAGUAAAUAUGUUUGUUGAUGAUAAAUAUGAAGAUUUGGGCAGAAUGUAUAACUUGUUUCGUCGUGUACCGAGUGGACUCUCCAUAGUAAGAGAUGUCAUGACAUCUUACAUUCGUGAUACGGGUAAGCAGCUGGUGACUGACCCAGAUAGGUUAAAAGAUCCUGUGGAUUAUGUGCAGCGACUCCUUGAUUUGAAGGAUAAAUACGACAAGGUUAUCAGCUUGGCAUUCACCAAUGACAAGACGUUCCAAAAUGCUUUGAAUUCCUCAUUUGAAUAUUUUAUCAACCUGAAUGCUCGAUCUCCAGAAUUUAUCUCUUUGUUUGUGGACGACAAGCUUCGUAGAGGAUUGAGAGGGGUUAGUGAGGAGGAUAUAGAAAUUGUGCUAGACAAGGUUAUGAUGCUUUUCCGUUACCUUCAAGAGAAAGAUGUAUUUGAGAAAUAUUACAAGCAACAUUUAGCCAAGAGACUUCUGUCAGGGAAAACUGUCUCUGACGAUGCUGAAAGAAGUUUGAUUGUUAAGCUCAAAACAGAGUGUGGGUACCAAUUUACCUCUAAAUUGGAGGGUAUGUUCACUGAUAUGAAGACAUCUCAGGAUACGAUGCAGGGUUUCUAUGCAAGAUAUGGUGCUGAGUUAGGAGAGGGUCCCACGCUAGUUGUGCAGGUCCUCACUACAGGGUCGUGGCCAACUCAGGCUAGUACAACCUGCAACCUUCCUUCAGAAAUUCUUGGGAUAUGCGAGAAAUUUAGAAACUACUACCUCGGGACACAUACUGGGCGGAGAUUGUCUUGGCAAACAAAUAUGGGGACAGCCGAUCUGAAAGCUACCUUUGGGAAGGGCCAGAAGCAUGAGUUGAAUGUUUCCACGUACCAGAUGUGUGUGCUAAUGCUGUUCAACAACACUGAUCGGUUGAAUUAUAGAGACAUCGAGCAGGCCACAGAGAUUCCGACUGUAGACUUGAAAAGAUGUCUACAGUCAUUGGCCUGUGUGAAAGGAAGGAAUGUCCUCCGGAAGGAGCCAAUGAGCAAGGACAUUGCUGAAGAUGAUGCAUUUUUCUUCAACGACAAGUUCACCAGCAAGUUGUACAAGGUGAAAAUUGGUACCGUGGUUGCACAAAGGGAGUCAGAACCAGAAAACCAGGAAACGCGACAGAGGGUAGAGGAAGACCGGAAACCACAAAUCGAGGCAGCGAUUGUGAGAAUAAUGAAGGCGAGGCGGGUAUUGGAUCACAAUAACAUCGUCACUGAAGUCACAAAGCAGCUGCAGUCAAGGUUCCUCCCCAACCCCGUUGUGAUUAAAAAACGAAUUGAAUCUCUUAUUGAGAGGGAGUUUUUGGAGAGGGACAAAGAAGAUAGAAAAUUGUACCGUUAUCUUGCGUGAAGAACCUGUGAUUGCCCUGGCUAAAAUGUGUCCAAAACUUUAUACUACGGGCUCAUUGUUAUAACUUUCUUGAGUUGAAAUAUUUACCAUUGAAUUGCUGCAGGCUUGGUUGGUUACACUCUAUUAUUGUCCUGCUCUCUUUCGCUUGAUCUUAUGGCCUCUUUUUGCUGCUUCUGGUUCACUAGGAAAUGAAAUCCCCCUUUUGUUUGCAGUAAGUGAAAAGUUAGUUUGUUUCUGAAGAAGGCCAUAUUCCACACUGCUGCUCUCAAAUGCUCAAAUGUACAUUGUGUUUUCUUGUAUUCUUAAAUGCUCUAUAUGUAGCUGAUCAUGAACUUGAUGAUUA